AUGUGUGACUUUUCAAAAUAUGGCAUUCCCAGCAAGGAGUGGUUACGUGUGGAAGCCACUCUACCGGCCGCGAAAGAGCAGAGCUUGUCUGAACUGAAGCUCGCCGCCAACGAAGGUAGAGAGCUCAUGGCGCGAAAGGCGAUGGCUGAGUUUUUGAACCAAGUCUCCACGCAAGAUCAUCUAAUUUCUGGCCGCGAUGGCUACAAAUUAGAGGCGAGAAGUUAUCGUCCAAUCUCAGCAUCUCCAACUGAGCUCCUGCCCAUUUACAUGCACUUUCACGGGGGUGGCUUUCUGUUCGGCACUUUGAGCUCGGAAGAUGCGGUAUGUUCUCGACUUGCUGUCAACACUCAGGUUGUUGUUGUCAAUAUCAACUAUCGCCAUACCCCUGAAUAUACGUAUCCAACCGCCUGGAACGAUGCCGAAGACGCGUUUCUUUGGGUCUGCGAGAACACGGCUCUAUUGAACGGUGAUCUGGACAGAAUCGUUAUCGGUGGAAUAUCGGCCGGUGCAUGGCUCGCCGCUUCUUUGACACAGGCAGCAUCAAGCUCAAAGCUUCCAGUCUUGCCAACGCCAGCCAUUUGUGGCCAGGUACUGAUGAUCCCUGCUCUAGUAUACACUAAGUGCUAUGACUCUCAAUUACGUCAAAUAAAAGACCCUAGUGUCUCAUCGUAUUCUCAGAAUGAGAACGCGCCAAUUCUGAAUAUGCGCAGGAAGCAGCUCUUUAAUGGUCUUUUAAAAGUGGAAAAUCCAGAUCCAACUGACAAACGGCUGAACCCUGGGCUUUUAUCUUCUGAAGACGCGAAGAAGUUGCCAUCAACAACUCUGGGGAUUGCGGGCUAUGAUCCUCUAAGAGAUGAAGGGCUGCUAUACGGCAAACUCUUGGCCGAAAAUGGUGUACCAACCAAUGUCAAUGUGUUUAAGGGAGUACCCCACGGAUUCCGACGAUUCGGCGAGAGACUGUCGGUUUGCAAGCAAUGGGAUCAGAUCAUGGAAGAUGGAAUUCGAUGGGCUUUAGCGAAACAUUCUACCUCAGGACAGUUUAUCAUUAAGGAACAUUGA